GUCCCUCCGCCCCGGACAAAACCAUGGCGAUAGCUGCAGUCAGCGAGGCGGAGACCCGGCUGUGCGGCAACUGCAAAAAGGAUGUUCCUGUUGCUAAUUUCAUCAUGCAUGAAAUCCACUGUAGCAGAAACAUCGAAGUGUGCCGUUACUGCAGUGACUUAAUCCCAAAGUCUGAAAUGAAGAACCAUAUUGAGUCUGAACACGUGCAGGUUACCUGCAAGUGUGGAAUGAAGAUAGAAAAACGUCUCUUCGAGGAUCACGAGGCGUCAGCGUGCCCUCUGCGUCCUGCCGUCUGCCAGUACUGUGACAUACAGCUCACUUUCAACAACCUCCAGGACCAUGAAAUUUACUGCGGAGCUAGGACUGAGAGAUGCGGUGGGUGCGGACGUAACGUCAUGCUGAAAGAUCUCAAAGAGCAUCCGCGAGCCUGUGGGCGAGAGGUGACGCGAGUAAGAGGAAGCAGAGCAGUGCCUCGCUUUGAGGAUGAGGAUGCAGAUUUGCACGCCCUUGGAGACAUUAGGAACCGACUGAGAUCAGAGGAUGAACUGGAGCAGCUGGAGAGAAAUGAAGACGCUCAUUCUUCACUUUAUGAAGAGUGGAACGCCGAUUUAGACUACGUGUUGGCUCUUAGCCUGCAAAAUGAGAAUAAUCCUCACGAUAAUUCUGCAGCUGAAAUUCCCAGUGACUUCUGGGAAAACUACUACGCCAAAGAGUCCGUGCCAUCGGCCCGUCUUAAAGAAACAGACAAGUCAAAUAUCUUCUCCUGUGACUCCUUAGUGUCUUUUAGCACGUCAAGCCAUGUAAAAAACGACGAGAUCAUCAUGUUGCCCUGUGAAUUUUGUGAGGAGCUCUACCCUGCUGACGAUCUGAUUCUUCACCAGACAGGUUGUAACCCAGCAAGUGCCUUUGCCUCGUUCAGUAAAAGAAGUUCUCCUCCAAAUCCACGAGAGCACGAUGGUCUGCGUGCCGUCAGGUCCAGAAGCUGUAGGUCUCUCUCUUCGUCCCAGCCCCGAGCUGUCCAGGCAGAAAGAAACGUCAUGAUUCCCUGUGAAUUUUGUGGCAUCCAGCUAGAAGAGGAGACGCUCUUUCAUCAUCAGCACCACUGUGAUCUGCGCCCGGCCAGCCCAGCAGCCGGCUUUCCAUCUCGGCAGCCGCUGUCUCCUCGAGGCAACGGAGAGAGAAGGGAAUCACCAGAGCUGGCUCGGAGACGAAUCAGGCAUCAAGGAGAUGUUUCUCCUCGGUGCACAGAAGGCUUUGGGCAGCAGAGGCCCAGCUAUCCUGCACGAGGGACCAAGUCACUGAAUAAUGUGGCAAACACCAGGAACGCGCCGUUGUCCUCUUCAGCGAGAGCUCGGGACGCUCCCGACUCGAGAGGGAAGCCCAGGAAGGUGGCUGGCGCUGAGGGGAGGCCGAAGAACAGAGGUGCAAGUGAAUCUGCAGGGGGGACAACGCCACGUGCGAGACCUACUCAGAACUUCCACUCAGAAGCCUUCACCUCCAGCUUCUCGAGAACUUCUCCAGCCCAACCCAGCACCAGCAACGGGGGAGCACGGAGCCUCGGGGCGGCGGAUGGCCCGCUCGGCUUCAGGCGCAGGAACACCAAGGCAAAAGCCCAGCGCCCAGCACCUGGUCACCCAGAGGAGAAGUGAGCCACCACUUUGGGAAAACGCGCUUGGCACGCCGCACCCUACCCCUGUGUGCUCUGGUACUUACCCGAGCGCAAGUACAUUCCCCUGUCGCCAGCUCAUUGAUGACCAGCUAUGAAUUUAAAUUUUUAUAGGCAGUGAUAAUUUUUUAUAUACGUAUGUAUUUUUAAUUUGGGAGAGUAUACUACAGGUUUUUACUCCUCUGGUCUGGACCAGCAACAUCCCAAGCCAGCAAGCGCACUUCUGCCUUGGGAACCACCUGGGUCCUGGCUCCAUCACACCCCGUGAAGAGAGAAAAGAGAAUUUUUUUUGUGGCGCUGAUCUUCAUGCCCGUGCCCUGCUGCUCCCGCGCACGGCGGUGGCCAUUCCAGAGCCAGCCAACGGUAGAUGGGAAGCAAAACCGCGGGGGGGGAGCGCUGGCCCUGGGAGCUUGCCCCCGGCCCUGCUGCUCGGCUGGAGAACACCCAGCCCGGCCCCUGCAGCAGCAAGAGCCGAAGGGGGGGGGACCGGGGGCGUCACCCCCGUCCCUGCAGCUCAGCCUGUUCCUAAAGCGUCGUGGUGUGCAGCAGCAGGGUGUGCGCCUCCGGCUGCACCUCACGGGUUGGUACAGGAUGGGCCCAGGCCCCAGAGGGGGAGUAUGAGGGCCGGGGGAGAAGGGCCGAGCCCGGGGCUGUGUUGUAAAACGCUUUUUACUGCUGUGUUAGUCCGUGCUUUUUAAAUGCCUUGGAAUAAAAUUUAUCCCGUGCUGUCCCCAAGCGCUGUGCCGCGAAGCGCUCUUACGGGAGGGUUGGGGGAUCAGCUGGCGCGGGUGGUGGGUACGUUUGUCACCCCACACCGAGCCUUAAUGUGUGUUCCCCAUUAGUGCCUGCCUCAGGGCUUUGGGCAUUUGCUCUCCCAGAGCUGUUUCAGCCCGUGUGGCGCGGCGUGAGGGGAGGGGUAAGGCAGGAGCUGGCCAGGCUGGUCUGGGCUGAUGCCCCUGGGCAAGCUCUAAUGGCCCGGGGCCAGCAGAUGGCACCAGCAGGGCUCAUUCGCCCCACGCUGGCUCCCCCCCACCCAGGCUGCAGCAUGGCUGACUGACCAUGGCCCAACUGCUCUUGGUUUUUAAAAGAAAGACAUUUUACGGCCGCUUCCACCAAAUGUAAGCAUUUAUUUUUACAAGAAAAGCAGG